AUGCGGGUCGUUGUUGCUCGAAGGAAGAGAAACGCCAUGCCCUCUGCCGUCGACAAGGUGGACAAGCUCCGGCGGAUCGUGCGGCUGAAGCAGGCGAUGCGGCGGUGGCGGGUGCUCAGCCUACGCCUCUGGUCCUCCGUCCGCGGAGGCGGCGGCGGCGGUGGAUCUGUAGCGGUGUACGUCGGGCCCGAUCGGCGCCGGUUCGCGGUUCCGGCGCGGUUCUUCAACCUUCCGGUCUUCGCGGCGCUGCUGGAGAGGGCGGAGGAGGAGUACGGCUUCCAGCCGGCCGGGGGCCUCGCGAUCCCCUGCGACCCGGCAUUCUUCCGAUGGGUUCUCGACGCGAUAGGCGAGGACCAGGCCCACUUGGCUCCGCUGGGCCUCGAAGCCUUCCUCGCCCUUUUUGCUGCCUCGCGCGAGUCCGCUUCCGUCUGCAGGGAGGCCGACGCCUGCAAUGCCCUCUCGCCAUUGCUCCCCAAAACUAGGGUUUGA